UCUCUCCACCUGCGUCGGCUGCGUAAUGGUGCGGGGCCCCUCUGGCCGGCGUUCGUCGGAGUGACCGGCAUGGCUUGGUCCAGCGCGAACACCAGCAACGCCAGUUCGGAGGCCGUCCCGGCCGGGGACGAGCCCCGCGACGAGCGGCUGGCUCGCCUGGAGAUAGCCCUGCUGUCCAUCAUCUUCGUCGCCGCGGGGCUCCUGAACUUCGGGCUCCUGCUGGCGCUGUGGAAGCGGCGGAAGCAGCUUUCCAGGAUGCGCGUCUUCGUCUUGCACCUGUGCGUCGCCGACCUGGUGGUCGCGUUCUUCCAAGUGUGCCCGCAGCUCAUGUGGGACAUCACGGACAGAUUCGUCGGCCCGGACAUCCUGUGUCGCCUGGUGAAGUACCUGCAGGUGGUCGGGAUGUUCGCCUCCACCUACAUGAUCGUGGUGAUGACCAUCGACCGCUACCAAGCCAUCUGCAACCCUAUGGUGACUUUCCAGCGGAGGAGGGCGCGCUGGAACGGCCCCGUGUGCGCCGCCUGGUGCGUCUCCUUCGUCGGCAGCCUCCCGCAGGUCUUCAUCUUCUCCCGGGUCGAGGUCGCUCCGGGGGUCUACGACUGCUGGGGUGCGCAUCUGCCGCGCCGUGCACGCCAACAUCCACCUGAAGGCGCGCCACCACGCCGGGGCUGCGGGGGAGGCGGCGAGCAGGCCGCUGUCCUCCCGGGCGAGCUGCGUGGUGGGGCUGUCGAAGGCGCGGGUCAAGACGGUGAAGAUGACCGUGGUGAUCGUGCUGGCCUACGUCGUCUGCUGGACGCCGUUCUUCACCGUGCAGCUCUGGUCCGUCUGGGACGCCGAGGCGCCCACCCAGUCGGCCACCUUCACCAUCCUGAUGCUGCUGGCCAGCCUGAACAGCUGCGUGAACCCCUGCAUCUACCUGGUGUUCAGCGGGAAGCUGCCCGAGAGGCUGGUCGCCCUCAUGUGUGUGGACGAGGCCGACCUGAAGGAGUCCAUGCAGGAGGAGGCCACCAUGGUCAGCUCCCUGUACAUCAGCCUCAAAGGCCUUUCAGACUGCAGGUAGAAGGCAGAGUGACAAUCCCCUGUUUUUGUUUUUUGUUCACUUUAUGGUUGGCUUUUGCACGUCGAGGAGCGGGAACCAGGGGAAAUCUCCUGAUAAUCGUGAGGAUAUUUCAGCAGACGUCUCUCUUCCUCUACAAAUGAUCGAUGUUCAGCGUGAGUCGGGGAAGAGAACGGCCAAUGUUUGGAGCAGCACAGCCUUAGACUGAAACGCUCAAACUGAGUGAGUCGGCGUCAGACAGGAAAACAGAAAAAGUUUCAAACUCAACUUUGUAGACGUGACAACUGAAGUGCGUUGCACAAAUAAGAAUGAGAUUGAUGCAUUUAUGCAUCGGCUGCCACAAGAAAAAGGAAAAACAAAAAUCUGUUAUUGACAGUUAAAUUCCUUUGCCACUCGAGUUUAUGUUUGCACGGUUACGUGGGCGUUCUUGACGUGUAUUUUAAAAGAUAAAAAUAAGCGUAAUGCAUUUAUUGGUGGAAAAUGUUGCGUUGAGUUUUCACUUUUUGUGUGUUUCAGUUGUGCUUUGUGUUUCAUUGGAAAUGUAAACACGUCGAAGACGUCCGACUCGUGUUUUCACGAAUCUGUGAAUCAAGCGAAUCUGUGGAAAAGAUUUCUUUGAAGCAAAAAUUGUUGAGAAAUCUCAACAUUCCCGGUCAGUCUGUCAUCUGGGCCGUCGUAGAUAGUCAAUUUCUGCCAAAAAAAAAACUCAGAGGUUUUGAAAUGAAUCUCAGAAAAAUUCUAGAAGUUUCUGUGCUCCAAAAGUCAAAACAUUGUGAGAAAAUUCUCAGGAAUUUUGAGACUAAUCUUGGAAAUUGUCUUGAAAUUUCUG